UUCAGUAUUUUCUUCUUUCUCAGCUCUAGACACAAAGCACCUUCUUCUUGUAUAAAAGGAGUAAUCACUCUCUCAUCAAAAUACACCAACAAACACUCAUCCCUAUCAUCUCACAAUGCAUCGUAUACUCAUUCUGUCCAUCCUUUUUUCCUGCUUCCUCUCAUUUUCACUACUUGCAGAUGGUAAUGCCAUUGGAGUAAACUAUGGUCGCAUAGCAAACAACCUACCCUCAGCAUUCAAAGUCGUUAAGCUUCUCAAAUCACAAGGCAUUAACCGGGUCAAACUAUUCGACACCGACCCGGCCGUUCUUCUCUCCUUAUCCGGAUCCGGAAUCAAAGUAACCGUCAAUUUCCCAAACGAAAAACUCUUCUUCGCCGCCAAAAAACUCUCCUACGCCCUCACAUGGCUCAACAAAAACGUCGUCGUUUACUAUCCCAAAACCCUAAUCGAAUCCAUCGCAGUUGGCAACGAAGUCUUCGUCGAUCCACACAACACCACCAAAUACCUCGUUCCCGCCAUGAGAAACAUUCACAAAGCUCUCACAAUCAACAAUCUCCACAACUCCAUCAAAAUCUCUUCCCCAAUCGCACUCUCCGCUCUCGGAUCCUCAUAUCCAUCCUCAACCGGGUCAUUCAAACCCGACCUCAUAGAACCCGUUAUCAAACCGAUGCUAAAUUUCCUCCGUGAAACGUCGUCGUAUUUGAUGGUCAACGUGUAUCCGUUUUUCGCUUACGAAUCAAACGCUGACGUAAUUUCUUUAGAUUACGCUUUGUUUCGUGAAAACCCGGGUAAUGUGGAUCCGGGUAACGGGUUAAAGUAUUUCAACAUUUUCGAUGCACAAAUCGACGCGGUUUUUGCGGCGCUUAAUCGUGUUCAAUACGACGACGUUAGAGUUGUUGUUAGUGAAACGGGUUGGCCUUCGAAAGGAGAUAGUGAUGAGGUGGGUGCGUCCCCACAGAACGCUGCUGCGUAUAACGGUAAUCUUGUUAAAAAGAUUCUAAAUAAUGGUGGGACCCCUUUAAGGCCAAACGCGAAUCUGACCGUUUAUUUGUUUGCGCUGUUUAAUGAGAAUAAGAAAGUGGGACCUACUUCGGAGAGAAAUUUUGGGAUGUUUUAUCCAGAUAUGAACAAGGUUUAUGAUGUUCCGUUUACUGUGGCUGGAGGACUUAGAGGCUAAGCUGAGGGAUUUAUUCAUAUUUUGUUUCUGUGUGAUCAAUUGGAUUUAUUCAUAUAUAUAGAUUGUAUAAGUAAUGAUAAUCUUGGGUGUCAAUUUGGUUGAGGUUGUUAGCUUAAUUAAUUUGGGAAAUUCAAUUUGUUUGUAACCAAAAUUUCAUUUUGCAGAUAUAUUUUGAGAUUGGAUAUUAUUAUUGUAAUAAAAAAGUGGCAAUUAUAACGUGGUCUUUUAAAUUACAAAUGUUUGUAAUUAUUUAACCAUUUAA